AUGCCAAGUUAUGACAGCGUGAAAGUGGCAGUACGUGUAAGACCUUUCAGUCAGAGAGAGAAGAAUGUCAGCAGCAGAUGUGUGAUCUCCAUGAAUGCCAGCACUACAAGCAUACACGAUCCGAAGAAUCCAAGCCAUGUGAAAACAUUUACCUUUGACCUGGCAUAUUGGUCCCACAGUGGAUUUUUGAAGGACCAAGAUGGCAAGCUCAUUCCAGCUGGGCCAAACAGCAAAUACUCAGGACAGAGGGAAGUUUUCCGUGAUCUUGGACAGGGAGUUCUAGACAGUGCAUGGCAAGGUUACAACGCCACCCUCUUGGCGUAUGGCCAGACUGGCUCAGGGAAGAGCUAUUCCAUGAUCGGAUAUGCUGCCAACAGGGGCAUAAUUCCAGUGGUGUGUGAAGAGCUCUUUAAAACAAUUCAUAGCCAAGAGAAGAACAAGCAGUAUCAGGUUACAUUUAGCAUGCUGGAAAUUUAUAAUGAACAGGUGACAGACUUGCUAUCUAAAAUCAAGAAGCGAGGUGGACUCAAAGUAAGGGAAGAUCAGCAGCAAGGCUUCUAUGUGGAUGGUUUGAAACGGGUGCCUUGUGACAGUUAUGCCCAAAUUGAGAGGCUAAUGGAACAAGGUACCAAAAUAAGAACUACUGCUUCAACAAUUAUGAAUGCCACCAGCAGUCGGUCUCAUAUGCUCAUCACCAUCCAGUUCAAACAGAUUUUCCUGAGAGAAGACAUCACUAAACAAUCCCUUAUAAAUCUGGUGGACCUGGCAGGAAGUGAAAGGCAAAAAUCCUCAGGAUCAGAAGGAGACAGACUAAAGGAAGGGUCACGUGUAAAUCUGAGCUUAACCACUUUAGGAAAUGUUAUCAGUGCUCUGGCUGAGGCUGCCAUGGGAAAGAAAGUGUUGCAUGUCCCAUACAGAGAUUCAGUUCUUACAAAACUCUUGCAGUCUGCUUUGGGAGGAAAUAGCAGAACUAUUAUGAUUGCGGCUAUUAGCCCAGCAGACAUAUCUUACGAGGAGACAUUGUCAACACUACGGUAUGCUGAGAGAACGAAAAAGAUAAAAAACAAAGCCGUGAUAAACACAGGACCAACUGCAAAGCUGAUAAAUGAGUUGAAGGCAGAGAAUUAUAACCUGUUCUCCAGAUUGUCAAACCUUGGAAAUUCUGGUAAAAAAGUGGAAGAUGAAACAAAAGAGCUCCGUUGUUUACUCGCUGAAAAUGAACUGAGGAUUCAAGCCAUCCAAGCCACGUGGGAAUAUCGUCUGGAGGAAGCCCGGAAAGAAUGGGAACAACAAUAUGCUGCAGUUACUCAGGAGAGAUGGAUGAUGGUAACAUUACCUUAUCUUGUGAAUAUCAAUGAAGACCCUCAGCUUUCAGGAGUUCUUAAAUAUUUCAUUCAAAAAGGCUCUUCUGAUGUUGGCCAAUCAUCCUCAAAUGCAAUAACCCUCAGAGGUUUGGGCAUUCUGGAUAAGCAUGCGACAUUCACAAAUACUGAUGGCAAAGUUACAAUAACUCCUCGUGAUAAGUGUAAAGUCAUUGUUAAUGGGGUUCCCAUUGUUGUGAAAACUAAACUACAGCAUCUGGAUCGUAUUAUUUUGGGAUCAAACAGUGCCUACCUCUACAUUGGUCCUCCUACAGAUCGCACCAGUGAGGAUCUGAGCAGAUAUGAUUAUGAUUUUGUUCAGUCAGAGAUGGCAGCUGCAGAAGGCUUCAGUGUAGAUAAGCUUGGUGUGGUAAACAGGAAGGAUGGCAAGCCAGAUCCCAGUGUCCUUGCUGUCUUCCAUGAUUAUAUUAAGUUAAUGCCCUUGGUUGCUGAAGCAAAUCAGAUGAGUGUUGAGCUGAAGAAGGAUUUAGUGCUGGAACUGAAAGUGAAAAAUUUGGCAUCCUCUGACUCAAGAGGCUAUGACCUGCAAAAGGAGGUUAUAGUUAAAGUGAAAAACAAAGUUACUAACCAGGUGUGGGUUUGGUCAAAGCCUAAGUUCAUCAACAGGAAAUUUUUAAUGGAAGAGCUUUAUCAGCGUUUUUUAGAUGGGGAAGAUGUGCAUGUUGACAAAGAGAGAGAUCCAUUCUGGGAUCCUGUGGAAGUUAUUCAUUUAGGAUCAGCCCAUAUCUGGCUCCAGUCCCUUGCUUACUGCAUGAAACUUGAAGAACAGACAGAACUCCUGAAUUCUGAAGGAACUGAGGAAGCCAUCAUAUUAGUCAAUAUAACUCCAUGUUCUCCAAAUGGGAGUCUCUUUGGAGAGGAUGACAUGAUUAUUGACCCUCUGGAGUUGCUUGGCAAAAGGAUCGAUUUCCAGAUUCACAUUUUACAUUGUCUUGGAGUCAAAUGGAUUAAAGAAGUAGCACACAGAGGGAUCCAGAUUGGAUAUAAAAUUUAUGACCUCCCAUGCUCAUUAUAUACAAAACCUGUUUGGAGAAAUGUAAAUCCGAAGAUAGAAGAAGUAGCUAGAUUUUCAGCUAUGAAGACAUCCCAUGAUUUUUUGAACUAUCUGCAGAAAAAUGCUUUAAUAAUUGACUUGUGGGGGCUUCAAGGUAUUUUGUUUGCUUUAUUUUAGUAAAUCCAUAUGUGUUUUUAUAAGCUUUGUAUCUAAAGGUUUGAAGUUCACAUAUUACCAAAUGGCAUUCUACUUUUGAUUAAGAAAGGUAACAGUCACAUGAAAUUACCCAAUACAAGGUCCAACAGUAGGUCACGACAGUUAAG